AUGGUCACAACAAAUGCCAGACCCUUUUCAUUAAUGAAUAAUUCAGGAUUUCGAAAAAUAAUUGACCCUAUUUUAACGGCUUUAAACAGCAAAAUGGCGAUCACACCAGAAACAGUUCAAGAAAAAAUAAAAUACCUUGCCAACUCGAUUAAGACCGAAAUUUCGACGGAAAUUAAAAACCGCUUAAUAUCAUUAAAAAUUGAUGUGGCAACUUGUCUAGAUCGUAGUAUUCUUGGGAUGAAUGUUCAAUACGUUAAAAAUAAAUCCAUAUGUAUUAAAACAUUGGCAAUGCGAGAACUUAAAGAGCGCCAUACUGGCGAUUAUAUUAAAAGUGUUACGCUAUCUGUUCUCGAAGAAUAUGAAAUAAAAUCUGAGCAAAUAUACUCUGUUACCACGGAUAAUGGGUCUAAUAUGUUAAAAGCAGUCCAGCUUAUGGAAAACCGGCAUCCAACAUAUGUCGAUUCUGACGAUGAACAGGGUCAGCUUGAGGAAAAUGAUGCUAUUGACAAGAAUCAAGAGACAGAAGACUCCGAAGAAGAGCAAGGUAUAGACUGUGAAAUUAGCGCUCUAAAAUCUGUACGAUGCGCUCCCCACACACUCCAAUUGGCAGUAUAUGCAUUUUAUAAAUACAGAAACAUAGCCAGCAAAAUAGAUAAAUGUCGCCAACUUUCAAAGGAAAUUCGGACGCCAACCAUUACGCUUCUCAUAAAAGCACUUAAUAUUAAACACCCAAUAUUGCAUACCAAAACCAGAUGGAAUUUAACUAUAUGCAUGCUAGAACGUUUGCUGGAACUCCGACCAUUUUGCCAAAAAAAUUGCAAAACACACAAAGUCUUAUAUGUACCAAAUACAAUUUGGGAUUUCAUGGAGGAGUUUGUCACAGUUAUGAAACCCGUUAAGGAUGCCACAAUAGCCCUACAGGCAGCACAAUUGGUGAUUGGAGAUUUCUUUGGUGUUUGGAUCAAAAUGAGACUUGAGAUUUCUUCGAUGAAACAAAAUAUGGCAAAAGAUCUAAUGGCGUGUUUAAUGCAACGCGAGGAUGUUCUGCUAAGCCAGACAACAGUCAUAUCUGCACUUUAUUUAGACCCACGAUACAAAAGCCUUUUAAAUCAUGAAUCAGCUUUAAAUGCAAAAAGGUAUCUUUUAGAAACUUGGCGUCAAAUUCAAAAUUUAAAAUCAGAAACUACUAUGCAGGAUAAAAACAAUGGAGAUGUGAGCAGUACAUUGGGUCACGAGUUAAGUGAGGUGGACGCUUUUCUUCAAUCGCAAUCAAACACUGCUAUACCUGAAGUGGUCACUAAGCUCUGUUCCUAUGAGUGCAAUAAAUUCCCCAAUUCUCAUCAGUUCUUUUUUGUGAAUACGCUUUAUAAGCUAGGUUUCUCAGAGACCUUGCCUGCAUCCAAUAUAAAUAAAAGAGCAUCAGAAGACAUGCGCGGUUCCUUUGAAUCUACUUUCUUCUUAAAAGAAAUUUAG